AUGAUUUCUUUGAAGAAAGGGGUUCUUGCAAAGCUUCUCGAAGAGAUGGAAAUGGAAGAAAAGGGUUUGGACGAUGUGCAGAAACCUGUAUUAUUACAAAUCAGAAGCAUAAUUCCUGUACUGGAAGAAGGUAAUUUAUGGCCUAAUAGAGGAUUUUUCUUAAAGGUUUCAGAUAUGGCACACCAAAUGUUUGUUUCUUUGCCUCAAGAAGAGGAUGAGAUGAUUUUAGGUAACAAAUUAAAACUUGGGCAAUUUGUAUAUGUGCAAAAGUUAGAGAAGGCCACUCCAGUUCCGUUGCUUAGAGGCAUAACCUCUGUUCCAGGGAGGCAUCGAUGUGAAGGAACUCCUGAAGAUAUUGUUUCACCAGGAAAGUUGGAGAAGUUUCUUCAGGCAUCUAAUGUUGAUUCAAUCGUCGAAAAGGGUGUCAUUUUGGAGAAAAAGAUAUCUGAUAGUUCAUCUGAUUCAAGCAAGAUUGCGCAAGCGUUAUCUGAUUCAGAGUCAUUAAGAAAAGGAAGUGAGGGCUUCGAGGGUAGAUCUCGAAGAAGAAUCCGCUCUUUGAGCGCUUCAAAAGCCCGUCCAGGAGGAAUCAAGACAGAGAAAUUCCAUACUGGGAUACCUUAUCCUGAGAAGAAAAGCUGUAAUUUUGGUGCCAAAGCAAAAAAAAGUAGGCCAAGUUCUAUUGAUAAUGGUAGUGAUACAGAUAGUGUGAUAUCAUCUGCCUCAUCAACUCACACAUCAAAGAGAAGAAGCUGGACAGAGUCAGAUAUUUUGCGAGUCAAGGAAAUUUUUGAUUCUUCAGUUGGCAAGCCUAAAAUUAGACCAACAGCUCGCAGUCGUAGCACAAAUAUUUCACCCAUUUGUUCUGGGAGGUACGAUAGCUCUGAUGACAAUUCGAGUUCAACGCCAAAAAGAAGAGAUGUUGCUUUGGCUAAAAGAGUGGUUAAGGUUUCCAACAAAGGCCAAACUCCUGUAUCAAAGGUUGAUAACGUGCAGAUGUCAAAGUCAUUAUCCAGUUCAGUCUGUGACAGAAAAGGGGCAGAAUCCAGAAUAUCUUGGAGCUCCCUUCGAUCAAGCUUAGUGAAGCUUGGCAAGGAGGUUGUGAGACAAAGAGACGUUGCUCUGCUUGCUGCUGCUGAUGCUUUGCAAGAAGCUUGUGCCGCUGAAAGAUUGCUCAAUUCUUUAAGCAUAUUUUCGGAGUUCCAUUCAGCAGAAGGAGAUGAUCUGCAACCUUCUGUAGAUAAAAUUUUGGAUCUUCAAGAUGAUUUAUUGCAUAGUGGGCUGAUAAUGCAAUCACUAACAAACAUAAGUCCAAUUAAGACAUCAGAAACCGAAUUCCGUGGGACUGAUUCAAUCAAGGAAACAUUAAAUAUCGCUCUUGAAAGAAAGAAAAAUGCUGCUACAUGGAUAAAAUCGGCCGUGGCUCUUGAUCUUUCCCCACACAAUUUGAACCUCGCUUCAAUGCCUAAUCCAACAGCUUCCACAAAAAUGGUGAAAAAAUCAAGUCCAUCAGUUCGGAGUACUAAAACCAAAGGUGCAUGUAUCAUUAGAAAGAGUAGAAGCAGUGUCAAUGUUCCACUUGUGUUGUCAUCUGAUAGGGAUGACGAGCAUGAAUGGACUAGGGGAAGUGCUUUAUAUGCCGCUGCUGACCUGGCUACAUUGUUGCAGGACGAAUGUCGGAAAUUGUUUUUGAGUGGUGUAGAGAAAUACUUAGAUGAAGUCGAAAGAAAAAGCUCGUCAAUGGAAUCUGAUAAUCACAUAGCUGGGAUGAUGUAUAAAGGUUAA